AUGAUCAUUAUGAAGCGCUUCUCGGCUCCCAUUUUAUCAUAUGUUUGGUCACGGGCUGAAGCUAAUAUAAACCCUCUCCUGAGGAAGAAGCAGCAUCUUGCGAUGUCACCUUUGCCUGCUGAUCCUCAAAGUGUAUUGGAUGUUGCUUGUGGGAAGCAUGGAGCUGCUCCAGUUUCAGGUUCAAAAAAGCCAGCAGAAGAUGGGCAAUUGGUCUUUUACAAUUUGUUUCCUGCUUUUGCUGUUACUUAUCCUUCUGCACUAAUGAUUAAGGUAGUUUCACAGGGUGCCAUUAGUGCUCCAAUGUACUCAACCAAAGGUCCAUCCAUGAUACAGUCGCUUUACCCAACUGCAUUCCCACUAAAGCAUCAGCAGAAGGAUCUAAGACUAGCCCUGGGAUUAGCAGAGUCUGUUUCCCAAUCCACUCCCAUUGCAGCAGCUGCUAAUGAGUUAUAUAAAGUUGCAAAAUCCCAUGGCCUUAGUGAUCAGGACUUUUCUGCUGUUAUUGAAGCAUUAAAAUCCAAAUUUCAGCACUCAGAAACCAAGUGA